AUGCGAUGGUUCGGGAAGCACCACGAGGACGCGGAUGAGGAGGGAGAGGAGCUCGUGAACCUGCUGCAGACUGUAGAGGAGGCGCAUAGCGGCAACCCCGAGCAUGUGGCCGAGGAGGAGCAAGAGGCUCGAAACUUGCCCAGGAGGAGGGGGGACGACGAGCCAGCGAGGCAUCAGGGCUUUCCUACCGUUGACUGGAAUCACUACAGAAGUUUGGCAAGAGAGCAUGAGCAGCGAGUCAAGCAGAGCAUCCGAAGAUGGUCGCCUCCUCUCAAGCAUGCCUACCUCGCUUACGAGGCUGCUCAAAGUUGGAUCGCACUGGGGCUGGUUGGAGUUCUGUGCGGAGGAAUCGCUUCCAUGCUUGACAUCGGCACAGACUGGAUGUCAGACCUCAAGUUCGGCAUGUGUACUCGAGGCUUUUGGAUCUCUCGAUCGACUUGCUGUGUGGAGAGCAGAGAGAGCGAGGGGUGCGAGCACUGGAGGGCGUGGGGAGCAGGAGGGCUCCUCAACUUCCUCGCGUAUUCGCUGAUCGCAUGCGGCAUGGCGUGCCUCUCCGCCUUCAUCUCCCGCCUCUCUCCCUUCUCCGCAGGCAGCGGCCUGUCUGAGAUCAAAGUGGUCAUGAGCGGGUUCGAAGUCCCAGGGCUGCUGGACGCCUGGACCCUCGUGACCAAGGCGGUUGCUCUCAUGCUCGCUGUGGGCUCCGGCAUGAGCGUAGGCAAGGAAGGGCCCUUCAUCCACAUUGCCAUGAUAGUCGCCAACGUCUCUGCCGUCUUGUUCUCCAAGUUCAGGAACAAUGAGGGGAGGAGGCGAGAGCUGCUCUCGAGCGCGGCUGCGGCUGGGGUUGCAGUGGCGUUCGGAGCGCCGAUAGGUGGAGUCUUGUUUAGCAUGGAAGAGGUCUCCUCCUACUUCCCUGCCAAGACGCUCUGGCGAUCGUUCUGGUGCGCCAUCGUAGCCGUGCUGACGCUUCAACGAUUGAAUUUCUACGGGACAGAGAAGCUCGUGAUGUUCGAGGUUCAGUACCAUCACAACUGGAAGUGGUUCGAGAUGGGUCCCUUCCUCUUGCUCGGAGUGCUGGGAGGGCUGAUCGGUUGGAUCUUCAACACUUCACAUCAUGCGCUGCUGGAGCUGCGAAGAUUGAGAGGUAUGCACAACUUCCCAAUCAAGGAGACCCUGAUUGUCAGCCUCGUAACGUCACUUAUACACUAUCAGAGUUCCUUUCUGCGAACAAGCUCCACAGACAUGCUGGGAGCUCUCUUUGCCGACUGCAAUACGAGAUUCCACCUGACUCACCUUACGGUCUGGAGCUGCACGAGUCCUGUCCCCGGCGGCAUUCUCAUUCCCUCCUUGUGCAUCGGCUCCCUGCUCGGUCGCGCUGUCGGACUCAUCGUCGAUGCGACGAGGAGGUGGGUAGGAGACUCCGGCAUCUUCAGCGUCUGCAGGAAGACGACGAGCUGCAUCACCCCGGGGGUCUACGCCAUAGUGGGAGCUGCUUCCGUCCUUGCUGGUGUGACCCGCAUCACCGUCUGUCUCGUCGUCAUCAUGCUCGAGAUCACGGGAGGGCUCGAGUACGUCCUCCCCGUCAUGGCUGCCGUCAUGGUGAGCAAGUGGACGGGUGACGCGCUGGGGAGGAGGACGGUGUACGAGAACGUGAUCGAAGAGAAAGGGUAUCCUUUCCUGGACAACAAGCACGAUCCUAUCAAGAACUUGGGGGCAGCAGACAAGCUGGUCGGGGAAGAGGACAAGCUUCGUUUCCUCUCCCUCGUCAGCACCACCGCUAGAGAUAUUCGUGAGACCCUCGCCUCCUGUGCUUAUCGAGGGUUCCCCGUCGUCCACAGCGAGGAGGAGAUGACAGUCGCUGGGUACAUCACACGCGAGAGCCUCGAGGAGAUCUUUCAGGAGGGUGACGAUGACAUCUCCCAGUCUCUUGUCAGGAAGAUGGCGACUCGCGUGAUCCAGGUGGACGCAGCUGCCCCUCUUGACUUCGUCCAGGAUCUCUUCCUGACCAUGGGGCUACGAUACGUCCUCGUCGUGAGGAAGUCAAAGCUGGUGGGGAUCAUCAAGAAGAAGGAUCUGAUACGCCACAUCCACAGCUCACACAAGGGUGACACGUCACACGUUGUACAUUAA